AUGGCUCGCUCCACUUGGCAGCUGUUACUUGCCUGCCUGGCUGUGGCCGCAGCAGACCCCAGCCCUUGUUGCAAGGCUUGCGAGCUGCCGAAGGUGAAGGUCUUCAGCACAGAUGCGGCACAUGGCUACUGUGGCGAGGCCUGCAUGGACCCAAAGAACUUCAACUUGUUUCACAAGUUCGAGGCCAACUUGACCAUUGCCACGGAGGAGCAUCCGUGCAGCAAGCAGUGGACCCCUCUCAACGACAAGCAGUACACUGACUACUUCAAGACCGUAACUCACGGCUUUGGUCCUCUGUCGUGCACCUUGGACCUGUAUGCCCCGACGGACAUGCCCGAGCAUGCCUGCUGCUCUGCACCACUGAUUCGACAGUUGGGCUGCUUUGGCUCAACGCCUGUCCUCAUUGAUGGAACCGGCCCUUUCUGCUGCCCGAAGGGUGCCACGCCAUCGCAGCCCUGUGGAAACCAGAGCCUCCCGGUACUCUCUGAUUCUCCAGUCAUCGUCUAA